CGUCUUCGCUGCCCUCUACCCCUUCCCCCUAUCCUCUCUGCAUCUUUCUCAUCGUCUUCCAAAGCGACGCCUUGCCAUCGUCCUCUCCUUUUCUCUCGAUAGAAUUUGCUUCCACUAACAUUUGCGGCAUAAAACUUCGCUCUGAGGGCAGAAGAGAGAUAUAGAGGCGCCGAGGACUGUGCUUCCGGCGAGGGAAGCCAUCGAUCGAUGCGCUGCGCUAAUCCUGAGAAGGCUAUAUGCAAUAUUGACUACUAACUGCUCGUUGAUUCCACUCGUCAUUGGAAAUGAUGAGGAGAUCCUGAAGGAGGAAGGCGAUGCAGGUGAAGAGCGCUUCUCCGGCUGGAGAUUGUGCCUUUUCUGCCGGCGGAUACCAGAGAGUAAGCCCAGAUAUCCUUCCUCUCAGCCAUGGAAGGAAACCCAUCCUCAAUAGAGCAUGGAAAGAUGAGACUGCGGACCAUAGCAGCCGAAACGCAACUCAUUUCCCCUGCGAAGGUAAACCCGUAAGAGCGAGAUCGGUGUUGGGAACUGCUGAUCCAUCCCCAACUCGAGAACACCAACUGCCUCGCAUCUCAUUCCCCUCGGAUUCCCCUUCCGCACUGGCCGCCUCCGACAUCCAACCUCUACUCUCUGCCCCAGUCUCCUUCACCGCCUUCCCGGCGCCGUCGAAGUCUCAGAGCCGCCACCAUGAGAUCAUCAACGGGGUGGACGGCGGCGGCGACGUCAUCCUGCAGUGGGGUCACAACAAGAGAACCCGAGCGCCGAGGGCGGAGUGCCGGGCGUCGGGCGACGCCGCCUCCGCCCACUCGCGGCAGAUGCUCAAGAUCCCGCGCAGAUCGACGGCGGGGAUGGCUCCUCCGCCUUCUGGCGGUUCGUACGCCAGGGGAGCCAAUCUGAGGACGUCUGUGGUGGUCCGUGACGCUGCUGCCCCUCUCGUCAGCAGGGGCGUGGAAGAGCGAUCAGGCGGCCCAACUCGAUCCGAGAAGCGAUCGCCCUCGUCCCUGCCGGAAAAGGCCCAGAAGAACCCCACCAACGGCGCAGCGGACGGCCACAUGAACCCCCCGGAGUCGAAGCUGGCAUCGGACCAGGAUACGGGCGGCAGCGGCAGCGCCCCUCCGCUGGUCGCGAUCGGGGAGAGGCUGAACCUGGAUCAGUUCGAGUGGCCCAAGAUUUGCAUAUCCCUCUCCCGCAAGGAGAAGGAGGACGACUUCUUGGCCAUGAAGGGCACCAAGCUUCCCCAGAGACCCAAAAAGAGGGCUAAGAACAUCGAUAAGAAUCUCCAGUAUUGUUUUCCUGGAAUGUGGCUUUCGGAUCUGACGAGAGGACGGUAUGAAGUGAGGGAGAAGAAGUGCGUAAGGAAGAAGCGCAGGGGAUUGAAGGGGAUGGAGAGCAUGGACAGCGAUUCCGAGUGAUCACAAUGGAAAUAAGUUCCAGAUCGCAUUAAUCUCUUAAAGAUCCCCCUUCGGCGUGGUGUUCUUUCCAGUUUCUUUUUUCCUUCUUUUCUUUUCCCUUAGUGUUCCUGACCUUGCCAUCCUCCUAUCUCUUGUACAGAUCUCCAAUUUCCAUUAACGGGGAAGUUUUUUCAAUCGAAGACUGUACGGUUCUAAUGUUACAUGAUUUUUUCUGUUUCUCAA